AUGCCGCUCCCGCCGCGCGCGAUCGCCGCGCGCGGUGUCGCCGAUUGGUUCCACUUCCACGGGCGCGCGCGCGGUCGGGGCGCGAACGAAGGGUCCGGAACGCGCGGUGGGCACGAUUGGCGCGCGCGACGAGGGAAUCUUCGUCGAGCGCGCGCGCGUCGAGGAGACGGGACGCGAACGAAGAGCGAGGGCGCGAAUGGGUCGAGUCGGUCGUCGUCCUCGAGCGAUGGUGGGUCGAAGAAGCUCGGAGGGGACGGUGGGUUCGGUGGUCUGUGGGACAAGGCGAAGGCGCUCACGAAGAACGUCACGGAGAAAGGGGCGGAGUGGGCGACGACGACGCAGAACGCGGUGACGAAACAGGUGAACGAAAAGGUGAAAUUAAUGCAGCCGCAGAUGGAGGUGGCGGUGGAUUACUUCGGACCGACGACGAGACAAUUGAAGGAGCUGACGAAGCCGUUGGUGGAACCGGUGCGGAAGGAGUGGAUGAACUUAAAGCCGGAGACGCGCAGGGUGAUGAAGGGCGGAUUCUGGGGCGCACUCUUCGGUAAUAUCGUCCUAGGUUGGCCCGCCCGUGCCGAGCGCAAACAGUUGAGGAGGAAGAUUGAGGCCAUGCAGCUCGAGCGAACGAAGAUGCUCGUCGACGACUUUUCGCUUGAGCGGGAAGUCUUAGCACUCAACGCGGAAAACAGACGGCUCGAAAAGCGAACGCUUCGAGCAGAGAUGGCGCUCAACGCGAUUAAGCGUCGACUGGGUGAGUACGUCGUGGCACCGAAGGAUGAGUCGAAUUAUUCGGAUCCGAACCUGUCAGGAAUCCUUCCAGGCGCUCCGUGGGCCAAUGACUUGCUCGACUCCGUGGGCCAACGCAUCAACAACCUGCCUGAGGCGCAAGCGAAGAAAGCUCAUGGCGCGAAAACGACCGACGUCCCGGCUCCAAAGAAGGCCAAUCCGGUGACGAGCUCGGUGGCGAGCCGCGGACCAGAUGAAUGA